CUUUAAUUUGUUAGUAGAAUCCAGAACGCAGAAGAGAUGGCGUCUGUGUUUCAAAGUAUGGGGCCCACUGCUGGUUGGAGGCACCACAAAAUGCUGGCUGACUUUGAGGAAAGUCCAGCGCCUGACAGAUUUAAGAAGCGGUCCUCUCGGGACCUGAAUGCCGUUCGGAUGUCCCUGCGGAAGCGAAUGCCCUUAAAGCAGGUUGAGAUGAACUUUGAGGAGAACCCGACGUGGGAGAGCUUGGAAGCCAAGGAAAAGAGUCAAAACCUCCGAGCGCUCACGAGAACGGCCAAAAACGUCUUUGGGACGGUGUCUCAGAAAAUCCAGAAGAGCUGCCAGGACUCCACGCAGACUCUGGCGAAUGCUUUGGCUAAAGCCUCCAUGACCGGCAAUGGGUGUUCUACCAAAACCCGGCGUGGAUCUCCUCGGACUCCUCGGCGCAAAAGCAACAGGCUCGCUGCCAUCUCCACCCCAACCUCCAGCACCAAGAUGGUGCCCAAAUCUGACCAGAGGUCUUCCUUUCAACCUGGCUCCCGCCGGCUUAAAGAAGACCUCCUCCCUCUCCGGAGAUCCAGGAGGGCUGCGGCCUUGAGAAGUCCAUACGGUUCUCCUGUCUGUGCUGACCUCAGAAGGCAAUUUGACUGUGAUUUAGAGCUGAUUUCCACCGGCAUUCGCCAGCUGAAGCGUCUCUCUCACGCUUUCAACGAUAUCAUUGCCCAAGAAGAGAGAGAUCAAGCGAUCGCCAACUAUUGCCGCGUCAUGUUGCAAAACGUACAAGCUGCACAUUUGCAGACUCAGGGUUGCGCCCGUUCGUCACUCAGGAGGUGUGAGCUGAGGCUACAGCGUAUGCUCAGCAGAUUGGCCGAAACCCGCUGGAAAAACUACUAA